AAAAAACCCCCAACUACCUCUACGGAUAUUUUUCGUGUGCUUAAUAUACCCCAAAAUGAUGAGGCCAUGCCGACAAAAACAUCGACAAAUAGAUAUGUGCCCUAUGGUCGUUAUAAAGGCAAAACAUAUAUUUAUGUGGAAAAUGAUAACGAUAGUGAUAACUAUGUGGUAACAACUGAUACAUCUGAUAUAACUUCGUCGUCCGAAAGUGAAUAUGAAGAAGUGGAUAUUAACGAUAUAUAUCCAUAUAAAUCACCUAAAUAUAAAACUUUAAUUGAAGUCGUACUAAAACCAACAAAACAACCAAGUGAUGUACUUAGUGGUGACAUACCAAGUGGUACCACAUCAAAUAGUGGUGAAAAACCAUUUAGUGGUCAUAUACCCAUAGAUGAAGAAUGGAAUGAACUAAAAGAGGAUUUUAUUUUGAACAUGUUACAAACAGAACAAAAUGAUAUACCUGGAAACACUACAGAUACUAAUAUUUCAUAUAGUGGUAUGCCUCUAGAACAACCUUUUAUUACUCAAAUCCAAGAUAGAAAAUUAUAUAGUGAUGAUAACGAAAUUAUAUAUAAUAUUGAUUGGAAUGUUCCGGAAAAUAUCACAACAAAUACUGCGACAUAUAAUAGUUUAUAUAGUGGUAUAGAUCUAAUAAAUGAUUCGUUAAAUAGUGGUAAUGAUAUAUAUGAUGAGUUGUUAAAACGAAAAGAAAAUGAAUUAUAUGGAACAAAAUAUCCGAAAAAAACAAAUACCAAUAUUUUUGCAAAACCAAUAAGUGGUGAUCCGAUACUGAACCAACUGGAUUUAUAUGAUAAAUGGUUAGAGAGAAAUAAAGAUAUGUACAACCAAAAGAAUAAUAAGGAAGAAAUCUUAAGUAAAUUGAAUGAAGAAUGGAAUAUGGAACAUGAUAAUAUAUCCAUUGAUGAAGUCAACCCUUUUAAUAAUACACAUAAAUUGUUAAAUACCAACCUUUCUAUAGAAAUAAGUAGUGAUAUGACCCAUGAUACAUCUAAAAUGGAUAUGAGUGGUACUAAUAGAUAUACUUAUUUGGAUGAUAUGGAGUUGUUUGAAAAUAGUAGUGAUGAAAAUUUAUGA